GGACGCAAGUUAUCAAGCGCCCUGCAAAAGAAAGAAAACGAAACAAAAACAAUUCUCGGCAUCCUUGGGGCAGCUUGUGUGGUGGUGAUGAUGUCUGGCUGGUGCUAGCUGCUGAAGCAGCUGGAAACAGAGGCAUACAAUGCCAGAGGAAGGUGAAGUGGUCACUGUGCUGCACUUCAAUGACUGCUACAAUGUGGAGGAGCAGCAUGGUGAACCUGUGGGUGGGGCCACCCGCUUUUGUACUGCCCUCAAAAGCUUUGCUGACAUGAACCCAUUGAUCCUCUUCAGUGGUGAUGUGCUGGCUCCGUCCAUCAUGAGCACAUUCACCAAAGGGGAACAGAUGGUACCCGUCCUAAAUUGCUGCAAAGUUGACUGUGCUGUCUAUGGAAACCAUGAUUUUGAUUUUGGCGUUGACAACUUGACAGAGUUUGCAAAACAGACCAAAUUUCCUUGGCUCAUGUCGAAUGUAGUAGACAAUGAAACUGGAAAGCUGCUGGCUGAUGGUGAGGAAUUUCAAAUCUUGGAGCGGAUCAGGCAAGAAGGUAGGCCAUCUAUGCAAGUCAUGUAUUUUUCUUGUCUUUUGCUUUUGUGCUUACAGAAAGGUGUAGACUAUGUUAUAGCUUUAACCCACAUGAGAACUCCCAACGACUGCCGCUUGGCAGCCAAUGUAGAUGAGGUAGAUCUUAUCUUAGGAGGCCAUGACCAUGUCUAUGAAGUCAAAAGGGUGAAUGGAAAAAACAUUGUCAAGAGUGGAACAGACUUUCGGCAGUUCUCACGCAUCACCCUCACAUUCACUGCAUCAGGAGUAACAGUUGAUGUUGCUGAAGUGAAUGUCACUUCUGACUUUGCUGAAGACCCAGAGCUCAGAGAACUUCUUUUUAAAUAUAAAGACGUCGUGCAAGGAAAAAUGGAUGAAGUGAUUGGGCAUUUUGCCGUUGAUUUGGAUGGUCGGUUUAGCAGCAUAAGAACAUCGGAGACAAAUUUAGGAAAUUUUAUCUGUGAUGUUAUGCUGUCAGCAACUCAUUCUGACCUGGCUAUUCUCAACUCUGGUACACUGCGGUCAGAUCGAAUUCAUCGGAAGGGGGCCUUCACUAUGCGUGAUUUGGUCACGAUCCUGCCCAUGAUGGACUCGCUGAUCGUGCUCAGUGCUACUGGGGACCAGAUUUUGCAAGCUUUGGAGAAUGGUGUAUCUCAGUACCCCAAGUUGGAAGGUCGCUUUCCUCAGGUGUCAGGGGUCAGCUUUGCCUUUGACCCCAAGAAGUCACCUGGCCAAAGAAUAGAUCCCCAGUUUGUGCGAAUCGGUGAUGAACCUUUGGACAAAAAUCAGAAAUAUAGAUUGGUGACAAAGAACUAUCUUGCUCAGGGAAAAGAUGGCUAUGAUGUGUUCAAGGAGUGUGAAGUCUUGUUGAGAGAGGAUGAAAGCCCUGAAUUGUGCACAGCGGUGCAAAAUCACUUCCAAGCAGUCCGCAUCCUCACUGGUGUUGCCCACCCCCGCACCCAUCACCGCCAGAGUUUGGUCUGCUUGUCCCGACGGCACAGUCUGGUGCGAACUUGUGAAGACGUCACCACGAAGCCGCCGUUGAAGCGAGGCCUCAGCCUUGAUGCAUCAGCAAGAAGAGGGCUGUUUCGCCAGCGGCAGACUUCGCUUGAAGACGUUGAGCACGAGACAUGCAAAAUGGAGCCAAAAGUUGAGAAUCGCAUAGUCAUCUUGACAGAAGAAGUUGUGAAGAAGUUCUGGGAAGACAGUGACUCGCAUCCAUUGCGUCUUGUUGAAGAAGUGAUUGAAGAAGAGCCUUCAACGGGGAGCUUUGAGAAGAACUAAUGCACAUGAAUUUUGGUUUACUUCUUCGUUCCCUCCAGUCCAAAGUUCACAUUUUGCCCAUGGCCUAAGAUUUCAUUUCGGAAGUUUCAUUAGUAGCUUUUGUCCCUGGUGCAUUUAUCAUGGUUGCAAAGAACACCUUUAGGCACUAUAUAUUGGCUGUAAGGUAACUGAAAGCCUUAUGCGUCACAAGGCAAGAAUCCAGGAGGGAUAAUUAGGGCCAGAGGAAGAGUGUGCCUCUCUUUGUAUUUGUAGGAACAGUGCAGACAAGGUGUAAUCAGCUGCAUGUGCCCUGCUUUUGCUAAUUUGGUUCUGGCUCGCACUACUUUGUAAUUGAUGGCCAACACAAAACACUGUACUUUGCCAUUCUUGAUUCUUAAUACUACCAUGUUCACAAGUGUCGCUAAUAGUGAUCCAGACAUUCCUUUAAGAAGUCUAAAAAAAAAAAAAAAAGAUGUGUUCGACUUACGGAGAAGUACAUUAACCUUCGCAAAAUAAAAGAUGUGGGGGUGGGGGAGAGUUAAAUCACUGGGCCGAUUCAUGCCUCAGCAAUUUACAUCCCAUUGAGGCAAGGAGGUGAAAGGUGUGAUCACUCAGACAUAAAUGAUGUGCUGGUUUGUUUUUGCUUUUAUUUUCUUUUAGCUAUUUAACAGUGGUAAAUUGUUAUUAAGCAAUUGAACUCGGCUCACUUGUAUAAUUUAAUUUGUUCAGAAUCUCUUAGUAUGUUAUUGUCAUUUUAACUUGUAUCAUGCUCAUUUUCUUAUCACUGUGUCCUUAUUAAAUGCUGCUUGACACACUCGCCAGGAGAACAAAAUUUAUAGCAGACAGUUUGGCUUAAGCAAAGACUAAUAUUAAUAUGGUAGCUGUGUUAUAAAGAAGACUGACUGUCUAGGACACUGCCCCAAAGAUUGUGUGCAUUUUGUGUCUCUUGUUUACAUAAGCUGUGCCACGAGAGACUCUGUGUGACACCAAGUUGUUUGUUGCACCUUAAUUUUAUAGAUAAUGGGCAGAAUGUGAAGAAAAAAAAUAUAGCUGAACAUCUGAAGUCUAUGCAAGCAGAGUUGCACAAGCUUUAGGUUGUGAAAAGAUAUGAGUGUUUAAACUAUUUAUGUCCUUUUUCAUUUGCACUACCUGCGCAACAAAAUUUGUCUCGAUUCCAGGUUGCGUAAUGCAGGGUAUACAUUUUACACUGGUGCGGGGUUCAUGGCAGUUGUUGUAGCUUUAAGAACAUGAGUGCAACUGUUGGUAAAUAUUGUGUAGCAGCAGAGAUGCAAUCUGAAUUUGGGAAUGUAUAGACUUCACUAUGGCAUGGAGUUAUUGGCAUGCCAUUUGCACAGAGCUUGUUCUAGUUUUGUAUAAGGACACAUCAUCUUCAGAUGGCUAUCAAGUAUAUCUUUGAUUAAUAUAUACAGUGGAUUUGUUAUAUUUCUUGUGUGUACCAAAAGUAUGCAAUCUAACCAAAGUCUAUAUGAGAAAGGCUAGUUUGCUAUGUCAUUGCACAUAUUUAGAGUGUCUUUAUAUUCCUGCUGUGAACAUUUUGACAGCACUUUUUAGUAGAGUUGACAGUGAGUGUAGUUGACUUGAGAUUUUGAAAUUUGCUGUGCGAGAUAAAGCACGACAGGCUUCAUUUUAUUGUUCUUGCCGUAGCAUGUUUACAGGCAUUGCACAGAAGAGAAACUUGCCUCAGGAGCAACUACUUAAGUUUUCUACAAAAAUGAGAGAGAACUUCUAUAUACAUGCUAUGAAGAUUUCACAAAAAUGUGUUCAUGGUGGAGAAUGUGCAAAAUGUCAUACCUGUUAGAACCUAAUGGCAAUACUUCCUUGUUUAACUUCUAACUUGUUGCACAGUUUUAAUGGAAAGUAACUAUUUUAGUUCCAAAAAUGGAAAGUGUGUAUGUUGUUUACUAGGUAUUUAGCGUUUGAUGCUUUAUUAACCUAAACGCUUCUCUUCCAGUGGCAUUUUUUUACAUUCCCAAGAAUGAUGUUAGUCAUUCAUUGCUAGUCUGGAGUUAUUUUAAAGAAAAUUUUAAUGGCAUAUUAGUCCCAAGAGUAUUUUGUUUUAGAUAGAUGUGUGUCAUUAAUGUGUGUGCCCUGUCAAUGAAUAAGCAGUUUAGUAGUUUCUUUUGUGGCCCUUUACCAAAUCAAGUGCUCAAAAAUGUCUUUCAUGCAGAAAAUGAUUUUGCAAAAAUAAAUGUGUUGCAAGCCACCUU